AUGUUUGAUAAAAAGUCAGCAAUCCACGUGGCGUUGGAGGAUUCUGAUCUAUGGAAGGAAUUUUCAUCAGUGGGAACUGAAAUGAUCGUCACCAAGCCAGGCAGACGUAUGUACCCACCAAUCAGAGUGAACGUGAAAGGACUUUCACAAAUGAUGCGCUACACAAUUUCUUUAGAAAUCAUUCCAUGCAAUGACUUCCGGUAUAAGUACAAUGGCGGAAGUUGGAGUGUAGCUGGUCCAUCUGAGGACGCAAAUGAGAAGAGCAGGAGGUACACGCACGAAGAUUCUCCCGCCCGGGGAAGUCACUGGAUGUCGAAGGUCAUCUCAUUCCAUAAGCUCAAAAUAACCAACAACGUAAAUGAUCAGCAUGGUCACCUGCUACUUCACUCCAUGCACGUCUACCAGCCACGACUGCUCAUCUGUCCAUGCGACUUCAGCUCAACUGCCAUCGAACGGAAUGAAAUUGAAACCGAAACUGAAACAACCUUCACCUUCCCGGAGACAAAGUUUAUGGCAGUGACUGCCUACCAGAACGAUUACGUGACCAGACUGAAGAUCAUGAACAACCCCUUCGCGAAGGGAGUUCGUGAAAAAAUGCUCAUCUGAAUUUUCGGAGGUCCUGGGGUGACCGCUGAUGACGACGAAUGGUGAUGGUGAGAAUGAGAAAUGUGAUAACGGUGAUGUUGGCUGUAGUUAGGAGAAUGAUGAGUUUUCAAUGAACAUCUGAGUUGUGAUGUUUUCAUGAUGGUUUCAGUGAUGAAGAUGAUGAGAGUGAGGGUGAUGAUGAUGAUCGUUGUUGUGAUUGUUGUGAUAACUUUCAUGAUGAUGAUGAUGAUGAUGAGGAUAACAUGACAUGGCUGAACAUUGAAAGGUUGGAAGAUUUACGUGAACAUGCAAAAUGCCAGCGAUCGUGAUGAUCCGCUGAACAGAACAACGAUAUGAACUGAACAUUCAUUCAUCGUGGCACGUGACGAUGUUGGGAUGUGAUGUAAUGAUGGAUGGAUGAUGGAUGGAUGAAUAUUACUAAGAUGGAUUGGUAAGAUGAAUGUAGGAAUGAUGAAUAUGAUGACAGAUGGAAUUAAUUUAAGAUAGAUGGAUAGUUUUAAAUGAAUAAAAAUAAACAUUGUCAUCUUUACCUUUCUAUACUAACGAUCAGUUGCCUCAUGUUUUCAAGAAAUGAUG